AUUCACUGGCCAAAAUGUUGAUUCUCCAGCACUUUGACAUGAGUAACUCAUCGAUUGCGACUGACAGAUUGACCAGUGCCUGGAAUCCGGAUGUCGAGCAGCCCACCAAAAGCAUUCUACUGUCGGUCGGUCUUGUGGGCUUCUGGCUCUCUACCAUCUACCAAUGGGGCGUGAAUGUGUUCGAUCCGAGAGCCUGGCGAGGACUGUGACAGUUUCCUCAUCCGGCUACAGUGUGGUCACACGAAUUCACACUUUUAUGAACUAUCCUCAUCCAUGCGAAGACAGCCUACCAAACAACCACGCGACAUCCAACACUCUAGGGUUCCAGAACUUGAAACAUCUGAAGGCAGCAUAACCCCAAUGGCAGACCCUCUUCUAACGUCAAGAGAACUCCUGACUAGUCUUCUCAGCAUCUUGUCACAAUCUGUCAUGAUUCCCACACCGGCAUCCACAACCCCCCCAACAAGCUCCCUCAAACUCCUGCCGCCUUCAGCCAGACCCGUUCUGUCAACUCUUCAUGUUAUUUAUCCCAGUCUCAUUCUACCCGCCCUCGACCUCUUGGAUCGUCACCUGGUGACGCGGGUUCUCGUGCUCGACCCUCCCUCCGCGUCGGAUGAAGCAGCGCAGGCCCAACUGGAUGCCUCCGCAGCUACUUUCCAUCUCGUGCGCUCAGCACGACAACGGCGGCGUGGCCGCGACAGUAACCGCGAGGAAAUAGCAGGUCCAACCUACGUGGUCCGAACCGUGGCUUGGAACUGUUCAUGCGCAGCCUUUGCAUUCUCUGCAUUCACCUCUGAGUCGAACCAUGGGGGUUACGUGAUCCAGGGCAAAGACGACGUCAUAUCCGGCACAGGGCUGUGUGAGACGGGAUGGGAGUUUGGAGGUUUGAGUUCUGACGGACAAAAUGAAAAACUGCAAGGCGGGAAGGGCAGCGCCGGGGUGCCUUGCUGUAAGCAUCUGCUGGCUUGUGUCCUAGCGGAGCGAUGGGGUGUCCUCGGGCAGCAUGUCGACGAAAGGCACGUUAGUAAAGAAGAGGGUGGCGGAUUUAUUGCAGGUGUUUGAUCAGCGAGUACUGGAAACGCAGCGCACUUCAAUACCAGGUGGUCUUAUGAGCAUGAGAGUGGACUCUCGAUCAU